GUGUGAUAAUAUCCACUGUGGUAGAAAGAAGAUGAAAGGGGUGCUCCUGCUAUGGAGUCCUCUAUGCUUCAACAAACUCUCUACACCCUCUCUUUCUUCUCUCUCCUUUCAAACCAGACCCUUCAAGCUCUCAAUAUCCGCUACUGUGGAAUCCACUGAUACCCAAGAACUCACAGCGAGAGAGAGAAGGCGCUUGAAAAACGAGAGAAGAGAGAGCAAAAGCACAACAAAUUGGAGGGAAGAGGUUGAAGAGAGGCUCAUCAAGAAGACCAACAAGCAGAAAACUUCAUGGAAGGAUGAACUCGACCUCAACAACCUCGCCAAAUUGGGUCCUCAAUGGUGGGUCGUUCGUGUUUCGCGUAUCAAGGCUCAGUAUGUUCCUGAACUACUAGCUCGUUCACUGGCUAAGAACUUCCCCGAGAUGGAGUUUAAGGUAUAUUAUCCAGCUGUCCAUGUGAAAAGAAGAUUGAAGAAUGGUACCUACUCCGUUAAACCAAAGCCUCUGUUCCCAGGUUGUAUUUUUUUGAGAUGUGUGUUGAACAAAGAACUGCAUGACUUCAUAAGAGAGUAUGAUGGUAUUGGAGGCUUUAUAGGUGCCAAGGUUGGAAACACAAAGAUGCAGAUUAACAAACCAAGGCCAGUAUCUGUCGCAGAUAUGGAAGCAGUCUUCAGACAGGCAAAAGAAGAACAAGAAAAAACUGACCAAGCAUUUGAGGAAGAAGAGAAAAAUGCUGUCUUAAACUCUGGGUUUCCCAAUGCAGAGUUAGAACCAGAUGCUUCAAAUGCUAUUGUUGAUUCUAAGCCUAAAAAGGGAGCUACAAAAACUUCUGCUAGAAAAAAUUAUAAACUGUUUGUUCCAGGUUCCACCGUCCGGGUUUUAUCUGGAACAUUUUCAGGGUUUGCAGGCACCCUCAAGAAGCUGAAUCGCAAAACCAAAAUGGCCACAGUGCAUUUUACUCUAUUUGGGAAAGAGAGCAUAAUAGACAUAGAUGUUAGUGAAAUUGCUCCUGAGACAAAGUGAUGACUGUAGGUUCUCUCUCUUGAUGGUAUGCUUCACGUUUUCUGCAGUACUCAUAAUACACAUGGUACGCACAUAACUUUGGAUCAUUGACAUUGAAAAAAAUUAAAUAAAAUUGAAGAGCUGCACACUGCAUGCUCUUUUGGCUUUUUCCAUUUUGUGGGUUAAGCUUGAUUUUUUAAAGAAAAUGAAAUGCUUUCUUAUCUAGAGCUUACUUAUGUAUUAUGAGUCAUGGGGAAGUUAAGGAAUUUUCUGUUGGUAAGAAAAGCUGGACAUUGGUAGAAGCUGUUUGCUGGUGCUUGAUUCCCAAAAUUGAAAUCUGAGAUGUCUAAAUGCUGAAGGCCUAAAUUUUGAAGGGUUUUAGUUGCAAGUUGCAUUAUGCUAUUGCUACUGCACAUUUGACAGUUGAAUCCUUCAUUCCAUCUGGCUCUAUAAAAGGGAUUGAUAUCUUGAAUGAACUUAGUGAUGAUUGAGUUCAAAAGCAUGAUUUGGAGUUAUGCUGCUACUACAGCUAAAAACAGAUUAGGAUGAUAUGCCAGUUUUCUUAUCCAUUUUGUACAUGAUAUUUGAAUUAUUUUUUAAAAAAAAAACAAAAAAAAUUAUUCUGAGUUCUGAGACUCAGUAACAUUUUCUAUUAAAUGUCUUAGGUUAAGUGCUAUUUCCAAGCAAUUUUGUGUGUUAACUGUU